AUUGUAAAAAAAUAAAUAAUAUGUGUUUGUGUUAUAAAAAUUGUGUCCGAAUCGUUUUUUGUGCGAAUUUUGGACCUGAAAUAUUGAAUAUUUGUUGUAGCUUUGUGUUGAAUUCACACAGCACAUAUAUGUGUGAUUUUCGUUGUUGUUGUUUUUUAUAAAAAAAUUUGAGUUGACAUUCUAGUCUUUUUCUAUGACAAAAACUAUAAAGUGCUAAUAACCUUGCAAUUUCGUGAAGAACAUUUGAAGUUUUGUGAGUGCGUUUAGUUCUCACAAGUGUGUUUUAUUAUCUUUGAGUUCGUCUGUAUGAAGAGAAUAAAAUUUUUUGUGUGACAACCGCUUCAGUUUCGCCUAUAUGUACCUACUAUAUGUAAAUAACUGUGUUAGUUACGAUGUGAAACCUUUAUAUGUGUAAGUAAUAAAUGGAUGAAUUCCUAUACAAGAAUUAGAUUAAACUAUCGUUCCGUCUAAAUAUGAUAAUAUCGAGUCAUAAACAUAAAACAAAACUUUUCAUUGUAUAACACUAUCUAAAUCUUGAUUCUACAUAAACACAUAAAAAAUGAAACCAACAACCGGUGAAACCAUUAGAGCAUGGUUAUUAUCUGCUUUAAUGGUACAUGGAGCUGUUGCUGGAAAUCCUGAUGCCAAACGUUUAUAUGAUGACCUUCUCAGUAACUACAAUAAACUUGUCAGACCGGUGGUUAAUACAACAGAUGUUCUUAAAGUCUGCAUAAAAUUGAAAUUAUCUCAAUUAAUUGAUGUGAAUCUAAAAAAUCAAAUAAUGACAACGAAUUUGUGGGUAGAACAAUCUUGGUAUGAUUACAAACUAAGAUGGGAACCAAAGGAAUACGGAGGAGUGCAUAUGCUUCAUGUGCCUUCUGAUCACAUUUGGCGGCCGGAUAUUGUUCUUUACAAUAAUGCUGACGGGCAUUAUGAAGUCACUCUAAUGACUAAAGCAACAGUCCAUAGUAAUGGAUUGGUUAUAUGGCAACCACCUGCCGUUUAUAAAUCAUCAUGUUCAAUUGAUGUUGAAUAUUUUCCCUAUGACGUGCAAACGUGUAUCUUAAAAUUAGGCAGUUGGACAUAUGAUGGUUUUAAGGUUGAUUUACGACAUAUGGAUGAACAACAAGGUAGUAAUAUCGUCGAUGUGGGAGUCGAUCUCUCAGAGUUCUACAUGUCGGUCGAAUGGGAUAUACUUGAAGUUCCGGCAGUAAGAAAUGAAAAAUUUUACACAUGCUGCGACGAACCAUACCUUGAUAUAACAUUUAACAUAACCAUGCGUCGUAAAACUCUUUUUUAUACAGUAAACAUUAUUAUUCCAUGUAUGGGUAUAUCAUUCCUUACAGUCCUUACAUUUUAUUUGCCAUCCGACAGUGGAGAGAAGGUUACAUUAUCUAUAUCUAUUCUUAUUAGUCUCCACGUGUUCUUCUUACUAGUAGUUGAAAUUAUACCGCCCACAUCAUUGGUAGUGCCUCUUCUAGGCAAAUAUUUAAUAUUUGCUAUGAUAUUGGUAUCUAUAAGCAUAUGUGUUACUGUUGUUGUUUUAAACGUACACUUUCGGUCACCACAGACACAUCGCAUGGCCCCUUGGGUGAAAAAUGUGUUCAUAGAUUACCUGCCUAAAUUUUUAUUCAUAAAACGACCAAAAUAUAGUUUUGAAACUAGUCUAUCCGGAAGUGGUCCAUUUGGAGGCAGUUGCCAAAUACAUGGUCCUAUUCCACCUUUGACACAAUCAGAAUCUGAUGAUAUGACAGCAGUUCCUGACUUAGAAGUAGGACCAUCUGGUAUUAAGAGUCCUAUAUUAACUAAUCCAGCAUUUUCACACUCAAAAUGUCCACCAAGGGUUCACCGCAGUUGUUUUUGUGUACAAUUCAUUGCAGAGCAUACAAAAAUGCAGGAAGAUUCAACAAAGGUCAAAGAAGAUUGGAAAUAUGUGGCUAUGGUGCUGGAUCGGCUAUUUUUAUGGAUUUUUACAUUGGCUGUAUUAGCAGGAACAGCUGGUAUAAUUCUUCAAGCACCAACACUAUAUGAUGAUCGUAUUCCAAUAAUAGAACAAAAAGACAUAGAUUUUUCUGGAACUUCAGCUGGUCGAUGUCGGCCUCCACAAUAGCAGUCGCCCAAGCAGUCUUUAUACGUUUACUAAGUCAAAACAUCACUUAAAACUAACUAAGAAACGAUGAAUAAUUUUCAGUAAAACUCGAUUAUAACGAAUUCAUAUUAAUAUUUUGACGUUUUAGUAUACAUAGCUGCCAGAAAUGUUGUUAUUACAAUUCGUUAGGUAAAAUUCACAAUGUUCUUAUAAUUUUCUACGAA